UCUCAUUGUCAUGCAUCGUACACUGUAUAGUUCACCGGAAGCGAUCUUCGACAAGGAUACGUCAUAGCCAUAUAACCAGGCACACUGCCGGCUUGUAUACAUGGAACGCUGUUUGUGCAACCUGUGCCUUGAUGAUCGAGACUUAUUUAUUGUGAAACAGCGGCACGUGAUACACCAUUAGUGUCAUAUUCAGUACCGGCAUCUGUAGCCGCUGCUUAUACUGCCUGUUAAUGAAAGCCAGGUUGUAGUAGAGCCUUCCUUAAGAUGCCGGUAACACUCCCCACAAAAAUCGACGGCGUGAUGCAGACCACCCGCAACCAGAUGGGGUGGAGCGUGGAGCUCAUCGAUCCCUACACCGGGAUCUUUCUCAAACGGAUGCACGGCGCCCGCCAACCAGUCGCCGAUCUGGGCUGCGGCUUCGGCAUCGUCACCGAACACCUGCUGGCAGACGGCGCCACCGUCAUCGCCAACGACAUUGCUUCCGCUCAUCUAGAAGAAGUGGAACGCCGCAUUCCCGAGGAGCAACGUGCCAACCUCACCUUGGUGGCAAGGGACGCCACCCAACUGGACUUCCCCACCGACAGUCUCGCCGGGAUCAUGGCCGACGCUGGGUUCACUUCUUGACCUCGCCCGACGGAUUCCGGGAGUUCUUCGGAAGGGCCUACACCUGGCUGGCUCCCGGGGGAGCGAUCUGUGUCACAACGCAGGCGAUGAAAGCCUGGUGUCCGCCGGAAGUCUGUCGGCAGUACGAGGAAAAGAGGAAGAGUGGGAUGGAAUGGCCGGGAUGGGUGGGGAGGGAGAUAUACUGGGAGGUGUUGAAGGAGCGACUGUCGCCCAUCGGGUACGCGUUUCACGCCGACGAGUUGGCUGGUUUAGUGUAGGAUGCCGGGUUUCGGGUGGAGAAAGCCGGACUGUAUGAUCUGGUGAUUCCCAGUCAUCCCUCCAGUUAUGACAUGGGUCAAGCCCAUGAAAAUACUGUCCGGGUGGUGGCCAUCAAACCGUCAAUACGAAAACACUGAGCAAACCGAUGUUUUAUGGUGAAGCGCACGAAUUAAAUUUUGGAUAUUUGUCUUUACAAAGAAUUUAUUGCACAGGAGCAGUUUUUUAUGUAUGUACUAACGUAUUUGUAUGUAUGUAGUAACUUGUGCAUGGAUUCCUCAACUGUAUUCUGCGGUCAUAGUAAAUUGAGUAAUGUGUUAG